AUGGCCGCCAGCCCCAUUCAGAACGGGCAUUUCGUCCACGACAACACCACCGCCCCUGAACAUCCCGGGUUGCUGAGCUUAUUUUCCUUGAAAGGCAAGACCGCCAUCAUCACCGGUGCCGGUGCCGGAAUUGGCCUUGCCGUGGCUCAGGGUCUCGCGGAAGCCGGAGCCAACGUUGCGCUGUGGUACAACACGAAUGACAAAUGCCACGAGCGCGCAGCUGAGAUUGCUGCUAAAUACGGUGUGCAGGCCAAGGCCUACAAAGUCAACACCACCGAUCCCGCAGCCGUUGAAGCUGCCAUCAACGCAGGAGCCAAAGAGCUCAACGGCCGCCUGGACAUUUUGAUUGCCAACGCCGGUGUCCCCUGGACGAAGGGGCCCAUGGUGGACGGCCCCCUUGACCACUACAGCCAGGUCGUCGACAUCAACCUGAACAGCACCUUCUACUGCGCCAAAUACGCCGCUGCCCACUGGCGCCGCCAAAAGGAAGAAGGCACCGAUCUUAAUGGCCAACCGCUCACGAACUUCACCUACGGGAGCUUCGUCGCCACGGCCUCGAUGAGUGGCCACAUUGUCAACUUCCCUCAGCUACAGAGCGCCUACAAUGCUGCCAAAAGCGGCGUGAUCCACCUGUGCAAGUCGUUGGCUGUGGAGUGGGUGCGAUUUGCGAGAGCCAAUUCCGUCUCGCCGGGAUAUAUCGUGACGGAAAUCUCCAACUUCGUGCCGCAGGAGACGAAGAACAUCUGGAAAGAUAAGAUCCCGAUGGGCCGAGAGGGCCAGGUGGGUGAGUUGAAGGGGGCGUAUCUGUAUCUGGCGUCUGAUGCGUCGAGCUAUACCACGGGGGCGGAUCUGGUGGUUGACGGAGGGUACACUUUGCCAUAA